GCAGGACAGAAGCAAAACAAGCUACAGUCUGUGAUGCUGACUUUACUCUACAGGCGCACACUGAGGAGCUCUCCAGAAGUCACACAGAGCUAAUUACUGCCUUUACAAGCUGCUAGCUGUAACUUGGGGAAUAAUAACACUGAUCUGGUGUCAGGUCCUGCUUAACUAAUGCUUAAUUAAUGAAAUUAUCAUGAAAUCAAGAAAGGAUAACUCAUGCAAACAUCAAGCUUUUAUUUCUGGAGUCAUUCUAGUGAUUCUGUUGAACUGUGCCGGACUGCUCUAUCUGAUCUUGCAGUGGAAGACUUUGAGCUCAUAUCUAAAUGACCUGGAAACUCGCUUGGAUCAGUUUUCUGAAAGAUCCAUUAUUGAAUUUGUCUCAGAAUUAAAACAGGGUAUACUAGAGGAAUAUGAACAGCCACAGGCAUUCAGAAAUAAAAGGAGUCAUGAACUCAGAGACUCUCAUAUCAGGGCUGAAAAUGAGGAGACCCUCACAGUAAUGACUUACUCCGUGGUGCCGGUCAAAGUGCUGGUAAGCUUGUGCAACACUACAAAGGGAAUAUGCUUAACAGGACCUCCUGGGCCUCCAGGUCCACCUGGCAUGGAUGGAUUACCAGGACACAAUGGCUCUGAUGGAUUGCCGGGUCUUCCAGGGUCCAAAGGAGAGCCAGGGCCUAUAAUGAGAAGAGGAAAACAAGGUAUGCCUGGAGAAACAGGACAAAAGGGUGAAAAGGGGGAUCCUGGAAAACUAAUUAUAAUAGAAGAAGGAUGGGAAUCUGCCAUGAAAACUCAAAAAGAUGAAGCUGACAUAUUGGUGAUACUAAAAGGUUCAAAAGGCCCAGCUGGGCCAGAAGGGCCUGCAGGUCAACCUGGACCAGCAGGACCACCGGGACCACCAGGACUGCCAGGACCACCAGGACCACCUGCUCCACCAAGAAGGAAAAGAUUAAAACCUAAAAUGGAGCAAAAUACCAUAAGUGAAACAUAUCCUAUAUCCAAUGAUGAAUCCAACGAUGACACUUUAAUAGAAAAAUCACCAGAAAACACAAUGGAUUCCAAUGGAAAAGAAGCUGAUUGCAUCAUUAAAUCUGUAGGAGACCCCGUCAAAGUGGCUAAAAUUAACAGCACAUAUGGCGCAUGGCUAGUGGAAACGUCUUAUAAAACAGAUGAAAGAAUCUGGGUUGUGGAGCAUUUUUCAGGACUUAAAAUUAAAGAAUUUGAAAAUGAAACAUUCUUCCAGAAUGACAGCUAUAAGUUUAUCACAUUGAAAGCAUUUUUUCAUGGCUGUGGCCAUGUUGUCUACAACGGAUCGCUGUAUUAUCAUAAAGGGGGAACAAACAGUAUAAUUCAAUUUGAAUUUCAGACAGAAACCUUCAAGAUGCUGAAGAUUGAAAAUGCAGUAUAUAAUGGCCGUAACUACCUCUUCAGUAACUCCAAAUCAUAUUUUAAGCUUGCUGGUGACGAAAACGGUCUUUGGGUUAUUUAUGCUUCCAAUAUUGAUGAAACUAUAGUUGUGGCACAACUUGAUGAAAUCGCUUUCUCUGUCAUUCACAGUGUUAAUACCACAUAUCCAAAAUCUAAGGCUGGCAAUGCAUUUAUUACAUGUGGAGUGCUUUAUGUUACUGAUACAAAAGAUAUGAGGAUAACAUUUGCAUAUGAUUUGUUGCAUGGGGUACAAAUCAAUGCCAAUUUUGACCUAAGACCAUCUAAUGUUGUCUUAGCAAUGUUGUCAUACAAUCCACAGUGCCAGUGCAUUUAUGUGUGGGAUGAUGGUUUAAUAAUGAAGUAUCCUGUACAUUUCAUGUCAGGCGAAUAACAACAGAUUCAUUGAACAUGAACAAUUCCUACACUGGACUAACCUAUAUAGAAUGCUACAUUUUCUAGUAAAUGACUGUAUUGUUAAAUUCAAAUGCUUCUUCUGGCUUUCCCAGUAAUUAAAUGAAAGUGUUCUUAAAAGGUACCUUCAA